AUGUGUAUGGUAUUUUCGUAUUUUUUUGAGGUUCCAAAAUCGUCUACCGUUCUAAGGCGAAGCUGCGAUCGUCUAAUUACAUUAUCCCACCUACAACAGGAAGCUACAAGACAUGCAGCUGGUGAUGGUACCUCAGCUGCAUUUCGAGUCGACAUACAGCCUCACCUUGCCGCCUUGACAUUCCACUUAACUCUGGAUCGGCUGGGGGCGCGUCAGGUUGUUGUCGAUUUCGAGGCCGAUCAAUUGGCCGCUGCUCUCGCUAUCUACCUCGGUGCGCCAUUGGUCUCCAAUGACUCAGACUUCUUCAUUUUUGCUCCCUACUGGGCUAACUGCGGUGGACUCACCUUCGUACCCACUGACCUCUGCAAUUUCCAGACCCCACGCGCCUACGAGGGUGGCUUCUACAUUGAAGCACAGCAGUUCUUAGGAAGAGAAGGCCCCACCUUCCGCAAACUGGCCCCCAUCCAAAUGCCUCUCUUCGCCACUCUCUGUGGCAAUGACUAUACACCACCAGGUUAUUUCAACCUUCACCUCCCUGGAUCCGCACCCCAACAGCCUUACGUGAGACCCACUGCCCAAGCUGCCUCCGUUUCAGCCGUGGCUUCGCGCAAUGCCAUUAAGUUUGGUCGGCUCGUGGAUUGGUUGUCGGGAUUUGGAGAUGAUAUUGUCGAGCCUGUGGAGCGAAUCCUGUCUAGUUAUCCGAUAUCAAAGAGACCUGAGGCUGCUCACUACUUGCACGCUGGUCUUGCAGCCUACCACGUUCCACUGGAGCAACUGUCGCCUUAUUUGAAAUUCCUGUUUGGUGAAACGCCGCCUCCCACUCGGGUGUCGCAGACACUACCGACUACUCGAAACCUCACCCGUGAGAGUUACGGUCUGAAAGCUCAGCGAAUUCUGGUUGAAGGCGUUGGUGGUCCAGACUAUCUUGCGUCGUGGUCUGCUAGACUAAUACAGGCCUUCCGCCGAGCGCGAAUAUUGACGCACGCUUGUGACGCACUGUACGCCUAUGGAAUCGUCUGCAACGCAGUUGUUGAGGACUUUCAAAGGCGAGAGCCCUUCCACUUGUGCACCCUUCCCCUUCGUCGCCUACAUGUUGGGCUCCUUCUGGACGCUUGUUCCACAGAUGGACGACGCUUACCCGGUGUGCAUGGUCCUCCCCAGCGCCUCUUUUACGAUGAGUAUCGACGUGCCGGAUGCACGAGUUUGGAGAAGUACCGAGUGAGCUUUGAGCGCGUCUCCCUCCAUGAAUGCACGGGAUUUGAAUUCCUACAACGGCAUCUCUGUCUCCCUCCCUGUCCACCAAUCAUCCCCGCAUGGCUUCACGGUCUGGCUUGCGUCCUGUUUCUCUGGGCGCGAUUCAAUGCUCGCCCAGAGUCGGUCAAUCUCGUCUCCUCACCGAUCGCGCUGGCAGUGUGCGUGUGUGCGGUGGCAGCGCACAUGCGUCUCCUGCAGCACUCCGAGGGUGGAGCUGUGGAGGUGCGCACUGCCAUUGUGCGUGAUUUUAGAUCUUACUGUCGAUCGAGAGGGGAGAAGGAGCCUCUGCGAUUCUGUUAUCUUCACGCGAUUGCCCAGUUGCAAUCCGUGUUGCUGCAUCUAACAGGUCUAGUUUGGCUUAUUGACGCGUUGGUUCCCGAGGGUGAGAAUUUCAAGUGUGGCAUGGAGAUGCUUCCACCUCAAGUGAUGUUUCCAUCGGGAUGUCUGGCGCACCACAUCGCGUGUCGGCUUUCCUCCCUCCCUCCGGACAAACGACUGUCAUUGGUUCUCACCUAUUGGCUGCCUCGUCUGCUUGGUGGCGUGGAGGCUGGCUUUGUGAAAAAGGUGUGCUCGAUGUUCUCGGGGCUGAUGAAUUUCGUGGACAAUUUGUUGGCGGCUGCACCACCAGCUGAAUUUCGAGCAUACCGACGCGGACCAGAGAAUGUGAGUUCGCCACCGCCGACCUCCUCUGCCGUUACUCACAGCAAUCCCUGGAGGCGCAAGCCGACAAGAAAUGACCUGGAGAAUUUGGUGAUGCGGGAUAUGCACAAUGUCGGAUUGGAGGACUCCUGA